AUGAAGCUCUUCAAUAUUCUCUUAUUAACAUUCUUCUUUUACGUACAAAUCACAUUAGCCCAAGACGAUGAUGACGACGAUGGGGGUGAUGAUAGAAACGCUCAAUCAUCAACCACGACCGAUACGUCAUCAACUUCGAAUGAUGUUGAUGAUAUUCUGUCGAGUAAUGAAACAGGAACAUCUGAAUCAGAUGACGAUGAAGGAUCGACAGAAAGUGAAAGUAUAUUUGAAAAAGCAAUUAGCCGUGGUGCUAAUAAAAUCGAAACUGCUAUUAAAGACUUCCGAAAGAUUAAAAAGGGAAUACAUGAUUUUUUAAACGAUGAU